AUGCUCACCACCAUGAACCUCUCCAAACUGAAAGUGGUUCCUGCCGCUCUUGGCUAUGUUGCCCUUUCGACGGCACUAGCCGCUUUUGCCUUUGGCUUUUCCGGGCACAUGGUGCCUUCAGGGAACAUUUGGCUGGAGUGGUCCAUCAAAACGCCUCUGAUGUGCUUUUUCAGCUUCUUCAUACUGGAUGCAUUUCGCGCGCAUUUCCGGGCCCUGGCUGCACAGAGCUCCCAGCUACACAACUUCGAGCUUCAGAAGACCCGCUGCUGGUGCUGCUCUGUGAAUCAUGUGCACCCCGCUACUUCUCAGCCGCUCCCAUGUGACAGAAGCAUACUUACCAGGUGUUUGACCGCAUGGUUUGGUUCCGAGCAGGCUUUCAAUGAUGCUAUUCGGUCUUCUGUGGCCACUGCCCUCGAACAGCAGCUGGGCUAUGACGCAUUUCCAUACACUUGGGUGCUGUUGUCGACGUCGCCAUACUUGUGGAGCCUCAUGGACGAUCUGGCCAGCCUGGUAGGCAGCAAUGGUCUCAGAGAGGAUGCUGUCAGGCUACUCGUCAGAUACCCCACCUACUGGCUCUUUACUUUUCCCACCGUGUUCACCUGGGGCAUGAUCUUGGCCCGCUUCUUUCGAGCAAAGGGGCGAAACUGCCGAGCCGAGUUCCUUCGCAACGUUCUGGUCACUGCCAUGACUGCGCCAAGCAUCCUUCUUUUCGUGUUUUGGGAGAUAUGGACUCGCAUCGCCUUUGAGAGAUUGGUCGGCUCGCUGAUUUUUUUGACUAGUGCUGUGGUGGGUUUUCUAAUCUCAAGGUUCUUCUACCAUUGGCACCACGGCAAAGGAAUCUUGCAGCCAAAUGGUUCAAGAUCGUGA